AUGUGGAUCAGCACCACAUUUGAUUAUCUUCGUCGCUUGCGUUCCAACACAAGUCACAAGGAAGUGGAAGUCCAAGUAUAUGGUUUCAGAGAAGGUGGCGAAAACGCACAGGAUUAUCUCGCAUGCGUUUUCUGUACAUGUAGAGGGAAAGUGCGUGAUCCGUCUCCUUCACAGCGUGAACUACAUACUCCUACCACUACAUCAUGCAGAGAUCCAUUCAACGAAAAUUUAGCUGAGUUCAAAGGCGUGAGCGUUUAA